UAAAAACCUGCAAAGGAGGAGACUUCACUACCCUCCGAAGCAGGUAAGUACAUGCCCUCAACUGCAAAUCUCCGGGUUCCAUAGAGUGGGGACCAUGGCAAAGUGAAAUCAUAGUCCAAUAGCUCUGUAGUGCGCAAGGGCUCUUGGAUGCACUCAACAAGGGCACAAAAGAGCUGGUUGUGCUGCUGCGCCCAUUCAUGCUUUUCUGUUCCAGCGCAACCAACAUAGACGGGCAUUUGGACAAGAGCAGCCUGGCACCCCAGCGGUUGAAAGCGGGUACCUACAAGCUGUAAUUUGAAACGGGGCCAUACUGGCACCAACAGGGCUACCGCAGCUUCUACCCUUACGUGGAAGUCGUCUUCACCAUCACAGAGGCAGAACCAAAGGUCCACAUCCCGCUGCUGCUCAGCCCCUAUUCCUAUACCACCUACAGGGGAAGCUAGUUCAAGAGAUGGGGCUGGCUCAGAGAAGGGGCACUCUCGGGGCAUUCAGACCACGCUGGCUUGUUUCUAAGAACUGAGAGUUGGGGCUGCAACCCCAGCCCCUGGCUUUACACAUGGGGGC